AUGCUGGCUCUGCUCCACUCGCACACCAGACCGCAACAACUAGACCGUUGGCAUCACAACACGCCACAACAACCGUCUACACAGCCGACCUGGCCUCGGCCCGCAUUGUCUAUUUAUCCUGGGCAAGUCAGCCGGGCUGAGCAAACUGACCGCUCUGCUGAAUUGAGCCGCCGUAAUCGGCAAUGUCUUAAAACUUGGUUGAAGGAUGAUGACUCGUCUGAGCCAAAUGCAGUCAACACCGUGAUGGUGUUGUCAGCCGCCGUUUUUUCCGGCCUCGCCCGCUGCCAUGGUGGAGGAAGCUCUCACCGAUCGGCAAGCAAGUUUUGCACUGGCCAAGAUAUGGCUAAGAGUACUUUUUGA